AUGGCGACUACACCGUCACAACCCGAGCAAGCUGUCGAUCCCGACAAGCCCUCUCCAGCCUCGAAGGAAACGUCCGACUCCAAUGGCAAACAGGAACAAGCGCAAGAGCACGCAGCAGCAAACCCGGACGCUGAGCACUCUUACCCUCCGCAGAGCAAGAUGCUUUUCAUUCUCGCCAGUAUAUUCCUGGUUGUGUUUCUGACCGCUCUCGACCGACUCAUCAUCGGGGUUGCAAUUCCGUCGAUCAGCAACGAAUUCCAGUCUCUAGGCGAUAUUGGAUGGUACGGUUCGGCAUAUCUGCUGACAUCCUGUGCCUUCAUGCUUUUCAUGGGCAGAAUUUACACGCUGUACAAUCCCAAGUGGGUGUACUUGGGUUCACUGGUCGUCUUCGAAGUCGGUUCCGCGGUUUGUGGCGCCGCUCCAAACUCCAAAGCCCUCAUCGUCGGCCGCGCCAUAGCCGGUCUCGGAAGCGCUGGCUUAUUCCAAGGAGGCAUCAUCAUCAUCGUUUUCGUCGUCCCUCUCCACAAAAGACCUCAGUACACAGGCCUGCUCGGCUUGGUCUUCGGAGUUGCUAGUGCUGUUGGACCUCUUUUAGGCGGUGCUUUCAGCGACGGACCUGGAUGGCGAUGGUGUUUCUACAUCAAUCUCCCCUGCGGCGGCGCUGUGCUGCUUUUGCUGCUCAUCACUUUGCACAUCCCAGCAGGAAUGCUUCCACGACAGCCAACAACACUGAGGGAGAAGAUAGCAAUGCUUGACCUGCUGGGCCUCUUCUUCUUCCUGCCCUGCGUCAUUUGCCUCCUAUUGGCACUACAAUGGGGUGGAGUCACUUAUAGCUGGUCCAGCGGCCGCAUUAUUGCCCUCCUUGUUGUAUUUGGAGUGUGCUGCCUGGCCUUUCUCGCAGACCAGUGGUGGCGUGGUGACAAAGCCAUGGUUCCAGGGCGCAUUUUUCUUCAACGAAGUAUUCUGGCUGGCAUGUGGUUUGCACUUGUCGCCGGCGGCGCUCUCAUGACCAUGUUCUACUACAUUCCGAUCUACUUCCAAACCGUCAAGAACGCAUCGCCUACCAAAGCGGGCAUCAUGAACCUACCCAUGGUCAUUUCCCUAGCCAUAGCCUCGGUCAUGGCAGGCUUCCUCACACGGGCGACUGGCUACUUUGCACCUUGGAUGAUUCUCUCCUCAAUCAUGACUCCCAUCGCCUCCGGAUUGAUCUCAACCUUCACUCCUCACACAACCCACCCUGCAUGGAUUGGUUAUCAAGUCCUUUUCGGCUUUGGCUUCGGUCUAGGAUUACAACAACCCUCUGUUGCGGCACAAACAAUUCUGUCACGGAAAGAUGUCUCCACGGGCGCAUCACUCAUGCAGUUUUGCCAGGCUCUUGGUGGUGCGGUUUUCAUCAGCGUCGGGAACAAUCUGUUCGACUCGCAUCUCGAGGAUAAUCUGCACAACAUACCAGGCAUAGACAUCAAGUCUGUUGUCGAGACGGGGGCCACGGAUCUGAGGAAAAUGGUUCCCGCGGACGAGCUCCCACGAGUGCUGGUUGCCUACAGUGACGCAUUGCGGACCGCAUUCUACUUGUGUAUUGGCCUGAGUUGUGCGAUGGCUUUCGGAGCUGUGACCAUUGAAUGGAAAAGCGUAAAGAAAGGUCGACAAGCAGGUAAACAGGGGCAAGAGUCUGGCCAGGGAGAGAAGCAGGGAAAUGGGGACACGGGAAGCACCGGUCAUUGA